AUGAGCCAAGGUCCAAGGUAAUUCAGAAAACUAUGGGAAGUAACACUAAAAUAUAGAUUCCAAAGUGUGCUUAACAAUAAUCAGAAUCCAAAUGCUAGACAGCAGAAUCAACAGAUGAAUAAUAUCCGCUCUGAUGUAAAUCCAAGAGCAGCUAGAUAUGGAGGUUCCAACCCUGCUGCUAAUCCAGCAGGGUUUGGGCCAAACGCACCAGGAGGUGUUCCUAAUCCACAAUACCAAAGAGUUCCUCAGCAGCCUGAUUAUAAUUAUGGAGAUAUUAUUGAUUCAAACUCAGCUAGAUAUAUAUCAACUAAAAUUCCUGUCAGAGCGAAAUGAAGAUAUUGACAAUCGACCUCUAUUACUAGAGUUAGUACUAGGACAAGUCAGACACAAUGGAUGGCAUGAUUUCUAAUGUUUAUGCUUUGCUCAUGGUGAUGAUGAUGCAUCCCUUUUUGCAUAAAAGACUGAAAAUAGCUAUAUACAUCACUGUGGUAUGUGUGAUAGAGAGAUAUUUGCAUGUACGCCAGAGUUCAGCCAAUACAUGAGCAAUUUAAGAGAAGCUCAAACAAUCCAGAGAGACAUGGAGAGAGAAAGGCAAAGAAUGAACCGUAGGAAUCAAUACAACACUUUCUCUCAAGGAGCUGGUAGAAGGUUAGGGGAUUAUCAGGACAACCAACAACCACAGGAGGGAUAAUUCUGACU